CUUAAUUUUGAUAAUGUGGUCAACAACAAUAAUAUCAAUAGUCGUGUUUGUGAGCUUCACAUCAGCUCAAUUACCCAACUAUUUUCAAUCAGGCAGUCCAGCCCAAGCACUUGGCCGACCAGCUCAGUCACAGCCGAGUUGGCAGUCAAGUGGUCCAACAAGAAGUUGGUUCAGUGGACCGGGCUUUCAAUCAUCCUCUCCAAACUAUUCUCAAUAUCAACCAUACCGUCCCUCAGCUCCGGCAGUACCCACUGUCUCGAGCAUCCCUUCACCGACUCUAUCAGCCCUUUCCGGUUAUAAUAGAUUCCAAUCUCCUUCAGCACCGCAACCAUCAUCUCCCUCGUGGUCUCAAUGGUCGGGAGCUGUUAACCGAUUCUCAGGACUCUCUCAGCCGUCUCCUUCUUAUUCAAGUAUUCCUAGGCCUGCGGCGCCUCAACUUACAAAUUAUGCCCGUCCAGCACCAGCUCCCAUAGCACAGUCAGGACUAUCAGCCAAUCCAUCAUUCCUCCCGCAGCCCCAAAAUCCUUGGGGAACGCCAAACAACGUCCAGUUUACAGUUAACCAUCAAACGCAACAGCAGGCAGCACCAGCUCCAGCAGCGGCUCCGGCACAGUCAUGGUCUCCACCAUCAGCUCCAGCACAGUCGUGGUCUCCACCAUCACCUCCGGCACAGUCAUGGUCUCCACCAUCAGCUCCGGCACAGUCGUGGUCUCCACCAGCUCCUGCUCCCCAAGUCUACAGUCCACCCGCACGUCCAGCUCAGACAUGGUCAGCUCCACCACCCACUACUAGCUCAUGGUCUGCACCAUCUGCUCCCUCUCAGUCGUGGACAAGUCAGCCAUCAGCUCCCACAUGGUCACCACCAGCAGCUGCGGCCCCUCAACCAGCAGCUCAGCCCGCAUCAACUUACCAAAGUCCACAAAACUCUCAAAACAUGAGACCCGCACCCGUACACUACGCCAGUAUUGGUCCGCAACUUCAGGGCGACUAUAAAUUUGGUUAUCACACGGGAGACGGCGGCAGUUUUAGAGAGGAAACCCGUUUGCCCGACGGCACUGUUCAGGGAGCCUAUGGUUUUACCGACGCCGACGGCAAACAGCGUAUCGUUAGAUACACGGCCGGCAAAAAUGGUUUCCAAGCCAAUGGUGACGAUGUGCCCAAAGCGGCGGCACCAGUGGCCAGUCCUUCCGGAGAGACCUCAGCUCCGGCAUCCGCGACCAUUAAUGUCGAUGAAGGCGCUGCCUUCAGAAGCUUUCAACAGGGAUAAUGUCAGCA